GGAUGGAAGACUUGGUCUGAUACCGAUGCACCGGAAGAGUCACCUCUACCAGAUGGUUAUGAAAAGUUAUCAACCUUCCACCGUCUUCUCCUUGUCCGUUGUUGGUGUCCCGACAGAGCUUUACCCAUGGCAAAGCGUUAUAUUGCCGAAACGAUGGGUACUCAAUACGCAGAUGGGGUGAUAACCAAUCUGGAACAGAUGCUAGAGGAAUCAGCAUCCAACACUCCAAUGACUUGCUUCCUUUCAAUGGGAUCAGAUCCGACAGACAACAUUGAGCGGUUGGCCAAAAAGAUGAAUAUUAGUGAGUAUAGCACAAAUUUGAUCAAAAUAUGA